AUGAAUCUCGUAUCGAAACCAUCCGAAAAUCAAUUUAAUUCACGUGGUCAAGAUGUUCUUCCAUUAGAUAAUAAUUUUCCAACAUUUAAAUUAUUUCCUCAACGUAGUGAUUCAAUAGAUAACAGUAAUAAUCGUGCAUCACCAUCCAUUAAUGGUUUAGGAAUAAUUCCAAAAACUUCAAGUCCAACAGAUACAGAUGAAACUGAUUGUCAACUAAUAGCACUAUCACCAUUUCGUUUAUUUGGUACAACAACAACACCACCAACAACAGUAUCAACAUCAAAUCAAAAUCCAACAAAAAUUUUACAUACAAAUUCAUUAAAAAAAUUUUCAUCAACAAUAGAUAAACCACGACGAAAACGAACACCUAAAAUUGAUGAUAAUAAUGAUGGACAAAAAGUAAAACGACGUAAAAGUGAAAUGAAUAUGAAUCAAAAACAACUAACAUUAACAGAAUUACAACCACCAAUAACAAUGGAAAAAAAAAUAAAUUUAAAUCCAGAAAUAUUUAUAGCUAAAAAUUCUUCAAAUUAUCGUGAAAUUGGUUUUUCACCUGUUUCAUCUGUUCAAAGUGAUUCUGGUUCAAAUUCAAAUCAUACAUCUGAAUCAUCAAAUAAUUCAACAGCUAAUUCAAAACAAACACAAACUGAUAUUAGUGGAACAAUAAAUUCCACGUCAAAUGAACUUGGAGCUAAGAACAGUCAAAUACUAACGUUAAUAAGAGAACGAGAUGAUCUACGACGACAAUUAAAUGAUGUAAAAAAAGAUUUUGAUAAACAAUCAAAUGUACUUCAAAAAUGUCUUGCUGUUAAUAAGAAAUUACUUGUAGAAAAAUCCACACUCGAACGUAAACAAGCACGACAAAAAUGUAUGGAAAAUCGUUUAAGACUUGGUCAAUUUGUUACACAAAGACAAGGUGCAACAUUUGUAGAAAAUUGGACUGAUGGUACAGCAUUUACUGACAUAACAAAACAACAAGAAAUGCUUCAACGUGCACGAGAAGAACUCGAUCGUGAACGUCGAAAUCUAUUACGUCGUCGACCAAAUUAUGAAGUUAAAGAAAAACUAACAAAAACAUCUUAUACAAGAGCAAAAAGUAAAGAUCGUAGUAAUACAUUACUAACAAAUGAUGAAAGUAGUAAUGAUGGAAUUAAAGCAGCAAGUGAUGCAAAUAAAGCAAUAAUUAUAAGUGAAUGGUAUGAAUCUGAUGAAAUUUUACGUUUACGACAAGCAUCAUUGAAAAAAGAAGAAGUCGAUCUUCAAAUUGAAUAUGAAAAACUUGAACGAGAAAGAAAUUUACAUAUACGGGAAUUAAAACGAAUUUACAAUGAAGAUCAUUCCAGAUUUCAAGAUCAUCCUGUACUUAAUGAUCGUUAUUUACUUCUGAGUCUGAUUGGUAAAGGUGGUUUUAGCGAAGUGCAUAAGGCCUUCUGUUUAAAAGAACAACGUUAUGUUGCUGUUAAAGUUCAUCAACUUAAUAAAGAAUGGAAAGAAGAAAAGAAAGCAAAUUAUAUCAAACAUGCUUUACGUGAAUGUGACAUUCUUAAAACACUUGAUCAUCCUCGUAUUGUUCGUCUUUAUGAUGUUUUUGAAAUCGAUACAGAUUCAUUUUGUACUGUUCUAGAAUAUAUCGAAGGAAAUGAUAUAGAUUUUUUCUUAAAACAACAUAAAGUCAUACCUGAAAAAGAAGCACGUUCUGUUGUUAUGCAAACUGUCAGUGCAUUACGUUAUUUAAAUAAUGGUAUCAAGCCACCUGUAAUACAUUUUGAUCUUAAACCUGCAAAUAUUCUCUUGGGCUCGGGUACAAGUAGUGGCGAAAUUAAAAUAACAGAUUUUGGCCUAAGUAAACAAAUGUGUGAAGAUACAUAUGAUCCUGAACAUGGAAUGGAUUUAACAUCACAAGGAGCUGGAACUUAUUGGUAUUUACCACCUGAAGUAUUUGUUCAAGGACCAAACCCACCUAAAAUCUCAUCAAAAGUUGAUGUAUGGAGUUUAGGUUGUAUUUUUUUUCAAUGUUUAUAUGGUCGAAAACCUUAUGGUCAUAAUCAAUCUCAAGCAGCUAUACUUGAAAAUCAAACAAUAUUAAAAGCUAAAGAAAUUGAAUUUCCAGCUAAACCAAUUAUAUCCGAUGGAGCAAAAACAUUCAUAAGACGAUGUUUAACAUAUAAUGUUCGUGAUCGACCUGAUGUAAAUCAAUUAGCUGAUGAUGAAUAUUUACGUUCAUAUCCUAAACGUGCAACAACAAAUGCAUCAGCUCGAAUAGCUCAAUUAACGAUGAAUGAUGGUUCAAAUUAA